CGCGCCUAAACACAAUCAUGGCGGCUGAGCAGUAUAACGGAGGAGUCGAAUUUCAUUCGGACACGGACGAACCCAUCGACCACGGAGGCUCUGGGGACGAGGCUGAUGGCGGCGGGGGCGGCAAGGAGGAAGAGGAGAAACUGGACCCUGAGCGGGUGAUGGAACAGCUACUGUACUUCCUGGACGAGCUGGAGGCCGUGGAGAACGGAGACAGCGACGAGGAGUUGGCGGAGGUAGAGAUGAAAUACCGCCACCUCCCGUGGAGAGGCCGCUGCUGGAACGGAGAAUUUGUGAGGAUUCCACGUAGAGCCGGCAGAAGAGCUGCCGAGGAUACCGUGAGAUACCGCCGCAAUUACCCACACGUUGCAGGAUAUCCCCACUGGGAAGUUCUUACCUUAUCUCAACGACAAUUCUGACUUCUACCAGAACCGUCGAGCUGCCUACCCGUGUGGAGAGUUUAUUGACAAUAUGCACACAAAGUGGUUUGGCAAAUAUAAGAAACUGGAAACGGAGAAAAACUACAUUGAAUGGUUGUUUCCUAUCAGAGAGAUUGGUACCAACUGGCAUGCUCAGGAUCUUCAGAUACGAGAAGUGAAGACUAUCAUAGGUGACUGGGGUGCGAAGGUGAGAAUUCUCUCGUCGUAUGAGAUGAUGUUAGACUUUUGGGGCAUGAGGCUCAAGGACCAUGCUGCCGGUUAUCUGGAGAGGAACCCCGCUGGGUGGAGAGUGAGGUUCAAGUGUCUCAACAACUCCAGUUCCUGUCACAGACACAUCACUCGCAUGUUCAAGUUCCUCGGAGAAGUGGAUCACGAGAAAUACAAGCCCCCAUUUGUGGAGUUCAUACUGCGAGAGGCCAUCACUGAAGGAACACUGCCAAACACAUUGGACCCUUGUCUCGAGUACUGGGUGGACAUCAUUAGGUCCGGGACAGAGAGGAGAAGGCUGAGGAGACUAGCAAGACAACUAGCCAGAGAACACAACCUGAGAGUCCUGGAGAAGAGACUCAAGAUAGAGGCUGACACUACUACUCACUCUUGAACUAAUCUUCACACACAAAAACACGCGCAAUAAUGCUAUUGUUAUAGUCUCAUUGAUCUUUUCCAGUAAUUUUUUGGUUAUUUUGAAGCCAAUACACCACCACACUGGAGUUGUUGUUAAUGGUUCCCAAUGUGUGUCCGUGUGUGUGAUGGGCUCUAAGGGCAUCAGUUAUGCAGCCGGUAUAUAGUAGCUAUCGAUCAUUACGUUGACUGCUGUAUCCUGUGUUUAAU